GCAAAAGUGGGAGUGCACCAAAGGCAAAAGAGAAAAACGUCUGUCUGUUGUAGGGCACGCUAGAUCAUGCAGGCUACAUUAUGGUUUGUGUAAAGCAUUGUGUUACAUUUAUGACGAGGACCAAAUAUUUUGGCAGAAGGAUUUUCACUCUCCGAAGUUUGGAGCAAGGGAGCCAAAGGAAACAUGGCCGAAGGAGGAGUGGGGAAUGGUGGAGGGAGCCUUCGUCCCGAGUCGCUGGAAGGCACUGGCUCCUCGCUCAUGUACGGCACAGGCCACUGUAAAUGGUUUAAUGUACGAAUGGGAUUUGGAUUCAUAUCGAUGACAAAUCGCGGAGGAACUCCUAUUGAUCCUCCAUUGGACGUAUUUGUUCACCAAAGUAAGCUGCACAUGGAGGGGUUUCGGAGUCUGAAGGAAGGUGAGGAGGUUGAGUUCACCUUCAAGAAGUCCUCCAAGGGCCUGGAGUGUGUGAAGGUGACUGGGCCUGGAGGAGUGUACUGCGUCGGCAGCGAAAAAAGACCCAAAGGGAAAAGCAUGCAGCAAAAACGAAAGCCAAAGGGAGACCGCAGCUGUUAUAAUUGUGGUGGUCUGGACCAUCAUGCCAAAGAGUGUGGCCUCCCUCCUCAACCCAAGAAGUGCCACUACUGCCAGAGUGCCUCCCACAUGGUGGCACACUGUCCUCACAAAUCGCCCUCGGCCACUCAGGGAAGAUGCAGCUUAGAGCCACCCAGCUCGAGCUCUGUCCAAAGCCCAAGCCCUCAAAGAGCCUCAUACACAUCUCAGGACAGCUCCACCCUUAGCAAAGCCUCCAGCUCUCCCAAGGAGCCCACACCAAAAGCUGCCUCAUCACAAAGAAAAAAGAGGAAAAAAUCAGUUGCUUGAUCAGCGCACCAGUCUUUCAGGCUGCCUACUUUUAUCCAGUUCCUCAUCAUGAGAAUUCUAUUGGACUCACCCUACCUCAGACCUAUGAGUUAAGGCCAGUUUGACAUCUCUGGAUCUCUUUAACCUAAAGAGAGGGAAUGCGCACUGCUUUCUUUAUUCAUGAUCAACUGCACUGUGAACGAUUUAGAGAGUGCAAAUAUUUUCGCAGUGCUUUUAAGAGACUGAUACCUCAUGCACAAUAUACACCUAGCCAGAAUUUUACUAAUUUUAUUGCUUAGCUUAACCAUGUUAUCCAAAUUGAAUGCAGUAGAAAAUAUUUAAAAUAGCUGCAGGGAUUCUCGACUGCUGUAGGCACACUGUACAAUCUUGAGCCAAAGAAAAUAAGAGAUUGGUGGUCUCUUAUGUGUUUUUAAAGGUUUAAAAAAGCUUCCUGUAUCAGUAUGCUUAAUUCCCCUUUCCAUUGCCCUAAAGCCACAAAAAUCUAUAUUUCCACCUCAUUAAUUAAUAUGAAUGUGAUAGCAAUCAUAGGACAUCUACAGAGAUAUUUUUGUCUUAUUGUUUACAUGUUUAAAAUCAGGUUCUACAUUUUAAUCAUCAUAGUAUUGAUCUGUUUUGUCCAAGUACAGAUUAGAUGCUUGUAUAGAUGUACUGUCUCUUGAUACUGCUAGUGUUGAUUCCAUGGUUACUAUGACAAUAUCUUUUUGGUGUGAAAAAGUCUUGCAUAGAACAUUUAAAGCUGAACGUACAUGUGUAAUUAAGUGCAGGAUGUUAAGCACAGACGCACAAUAUUAGACUAUUAUCCAAAAUAACUGAUCUCUUGUUAGUUAUGUCAAUGUAGCCAUCAGACAUGAAGGAUAUGAUAUAAUAGCAGUAGCUAAUUCUACAUAAGGCAGUCAUGGCAGCAUUAACUGAUCCAUAUAGUGGAUGAGCAGACAUGAAGAAACACAGUGGCUUUUCCAAAAGACUUGAUAUAUAUUUUCAUAAAGAAGUAACUUUUCUUUGUAAAAAACAUUUUUUAAUCUUUAAAAGGAAUACUUCAAAAUUUUCCAACCUAAUCUAUAUGUACUAGAUCUGCAGCAUAUGUGUGAUUAAUGGACAAGGUUGAGCUGUGGAGAUGUUGAGAUGAGAUGUCUACUGAGAUGUUUGGUCUUUUUGUUGAGAUGUUUGCCAUCAAGUUUCCUUCUAAUGAAAAAAAGAACAGCGAUUUUUUUUUUUUACUCCAAACUCCCUUAUAAUGGAUGUCUGUCAGUUGUUGGGGCAACCAAGUAACAUUUAUGUGAAACAUAUUUCAUAAGCUUUCAUAGAGAAAUAAUCAUGCAUAGAUACCACAAAACCUUUGGGAAAGUGGAAGUGACCAGAAUGACUUAUAUAUAUAUAUAUACUUUUGCUCCAGUGUUUGAAAUUAUAUACUACUAUAACUCUAUAUAUGUACAGCAUUUGUGUGCUAUUCUCUAAUUUGUGCCUCAUUUUACCACUGCUGAUAGAGUGUAACUUUGUAGUUGCAUUAUGCAGUUGCAUAUUUUAAAUGUUUAUUGAAAGAAUAUAAUAACUACCCUUAGACAUCCAUUAUAAGUGGGUAUUGAGUAAAAGAGUUUACAGGUGUUGUGUAUUCUUUUAAUUUGAACAUCUUAAUGUGAUUAACUGUUUUUGCUUAAAUAUGGGCCAUAUCAGUUAAUAUAUUCAUGGUACUAACUAAAAUUCUUUAGUUUGUAACUAAAGUUCUGCUUUGUUAUUUUAAGUAGCUGCUUUUGAUCAUGGGCUACAUGUAAGAUUAAAUAAUAUAAUGGGGUAAAAUUAGGUUCUGUUUCCAGUUUUCUAGAGAUAUGCAUUCUUAUAACCAGAUAUUAUGUGAUUAGUCUUCAAUUCAUGUAGCAUUCAAAGAAUACUUGUCACCUUGAUGUAUUUUCUUUGAUGUAGUGGAGUACAGAAAUAGUUGGAGAUUAGCCAUUUUUGAACAACUAGUCAGUCUUAGGUGACGUAAGUUAAUGGCACUUAUAUGUUUACAAAUUAUUUAUACAAUCUUACAUGUAGCUCUUUUCAAGUUAACAGAAGGUGGAGUUGUAGUGGUGAAUGAGAAAACAUUUAUUUUAUUUAUUUUUUAUUUUUUCCUAGACUCGGCUAUUAAAUUUGUUAACUGUGGCAGCACAAGCCAAGCUGAAUCCCUGACUGUUACACAUAACUGAACAAUGAGUUUCUCAGUGAGAAGCUUCCUCUCAGGGACUUGUUUACGAAAUAUGUAAUUUAUGAUUACA